AUGCUGGCCAACGCGAUAGGAAGGGCAGAGUUUGAUGAGCUGCUUGCCAGUUACGCGAGCGUACUGGAGUCCAUCUCGGCAGCAAAGGAAAAGCCAGGCCAGAAGACUUUAAAGGAACUCGAUGAGUUUCGAUACGUUGAAGCCCCUCGUCUAUUUUCGCAACAUGGCACGCCCGAGAGACUGAUGAACCACGACGAUGUCAAGAUUCUGGUCGAGUGGAAGCUACGGCACGGCAAGUUUCGGCCAACACUCAUGACGUUGGUCACAUCAAACGACUCGUCAGCCGUUUCGAAGACUAUCCAAGACGGAAUCUCGACUUUUGGAAAGACUUCGGAUGUGGCCAAGGCGCUCGCAACUCUGGCAAAGCUCAAGGGCAUCGGACCUGCCACCGCUUCGCUUCUUCUUGCCGUUCACCAGCCUGACGAUGUCCCCUUCUUCUCCGACGAAGCGUAUUACUGGCUAUGCAACGGCGGAAAAAAGGAGUCAUUAAAGUACAAUAUGAAGGAGUACGAUGAACUCAUCCGUGAAGCCAGAGCGCUGAUGAAGAGGUUGGAAGUGUCCGCAAUGGACGUGGAGAAGGUGUCGUACGUUGUCAUGAGGCGAGAAGAUGCUGGCGUCACGCCCUUGACAGCCAGCACACGGGACUCGAAGGCGUCGAAGGAGGAGGCUGGCGAUUCGAAAUCCGAAAAAGACAAGUCAAAGCCGUCCACCGCGACCAAGAGGAAGUCAGCACUCCAAGACGAAGCGGCGAAUCAAACAUCUCUCAGGCGAUCGAAGCGUGGCAAGCCAUCCUUCUGA